AUGGAGGAAGGGGUCCUCGACGACAACCUCAACGCGAGCGUCGCGCACGCGCGAGGGUGCUUCGCCGGGUGCACGCUGUGCGUCCCGUGCGGCGCCGCGAAGCCGCCGCACGCGCACCACUGCUCGGCGUGCGGCGCGUGCGUCGCGGGGAUGGAUCAUCACUGUCCGUUCGUCAACAACUGCGUCGGC